AUGAACGUUUACUGUACAGAGACCCAGUGGGGCCAGUGCAUCUGUUACGGACGCAUUGCUCGACAUGAAUAUCUUGCUGGUGCCGUUCUUGACUCCUGGUGUCCAACUGCCCUCCAAAGCCCGCGUUCAUGCUGGAUUCUUGGCUGCAUGGGACUCGGUCGCGACGCAAAUCACCGCCACUCUAACUGCCCAGCGCAUGGUACACUCCGGCUACCGGCUCGUGACUGUUGGACACUCAAUGGGCGGUGCACUGGCCACUCUCGCCGCCGUCUCGCUUCUCCAGCUCUUCCCGGCGUCGCCGAUGUUGGACCAAACGCGCACUUACUCUUACGGUGCCCCUCGUGUCGG